AAUGUCAUACUAGCCGCCGCCACCGUUAAUAUUUGUCGACACAGGACUCUUGAUAUUCUAUUAGAAUACAAUUUAAUAAUAAUAAAAUAAUAUACAUUAUUAAUAUUUCUAAUAGGGUAGAUAGCUUUAAAAAAACGUAAAAAUAAUGACUUCGGCCACGGUUCCACUACUUGAUGACGAUACAAUUCCUUUUGGCGAGGAAGAUGAAAUGCAAGAUCCAAAUGCUAUUGCUAAGAAAUACACACAUCCCUAUGUCACCUUCUUCCAUCUAUUCUUCCGGGGUGCUGCCAUUCUGAUUUAUAUGUUUUGCGGCUGGUUUAGUGAUUCGUUUAUAACCAGUUUUGUAUUUGUUGUAUUGUUUUUAUCGGCCGACUUUUGGACAGUUAAAAAUAUAACCGGUCGUUUAUUGGUUGGUCUACGUUGGUGGAAUUAUGUAGACGAUGAAGGUGUUUCACAUUGGGUAUACGAAGCCAAAAAGGGAAAAGUUAAUAAUCACGAAGCUCGAAUUUUCUGGCUCGGCUUAAUAUUAUGUCCAGUAUUUUGGGGUUUAUUUUUCAUUGUAGCUUUAUUUGGCUUAAAAUUCCGAUGGUUGUUGUUAGUUAUGAUUGCCUUAGCUUUAAAUGGAGCUAAUCUAUAUGGUUAUGUAAAAUGUAAUUUUGGAGGCAAUAAAGAUAUAAAUUCCGCUGCUACGGACUUUGUAAAAACACAACUAUUUAAAAAUGCCAUGGAUAUUAUGACGAAGCCGAGUGCACAGCCAACAACAGCACGACCCACUGGAGUGGUAUAGAUCAUAAUUUAAGAUAACUUAAGCAUUCCUUUUUUAAGUUAUUUCUAAAAAACGCAAUUAGUAUUUUGUUUUAUUUCAAUGUUUUUAAAAUAAUUUGUAGUAAAAAAUAAUAAUAAAAUCGUAAAAAAUAUAAAAAUAUUUUUUAAGUUAAAA